AUGGUCCGACCCGUUUCCGACUCCGCCGCGAGUCCGAUCGAUUUUCCACAGGAGUCUUACUCCUUAUCCAAAGAAGCACAGCUCGAGUGGUUCAACGAGAACGCCUUCUUCGAGCGGAAAGAAUCACAGAAAGGAAACUGUUUUCCUGCUCAGAGCACGAAUACAAACUCGAGCUCUCAGAUGAUCUCUCUCAAAUCCAAAACGUCGGUGAUCAGAUUACCGAAACCGCAGAAGACGUGUUUCAACGAAGUGAAGAAGCGGCGUAACUGCAGAAUCGCGAAGACUCUGAUGAUCCCGAAACGGUUCGGGUCGCUGUUGAAAUCGGAUCCUUCGUUGUCGGAGCCUGGUUCUCCGAAGAGACAUAAAUCCGUUCGAACCGAUUCGCUUAAGGAUAAACCGGUUAUGGUUAAGAAACCCGGGUUUUUCGCGAGCGUCCGAGCUAUUUUCAGAACCGGUGGCGGUUGCAAAAGCCUAACGGCGAGUGGAGUACACGCGCCGUAUAAGGAAGCCAUUGCUCCGUCGAGAAGGUCGAGCGAUAUCAGAGGGCAGCUUCCGCCGGAAGAAGAUGAAAAAUCUUCGCCGCCGAGGAUGAGUACCGGUUCGAGGAAAUAUAUUGACGGUGAGGAACCGGUAUUACCCGGUUUAGGUGGGAUGACGCGGUUUACAUCGGGGAGAAUACCGGAUUUGUUGGUAGAAGAUUGA